AUGGGACCAAUGUGUUCAAGCUCGUAAAUUAAAAGAAGGGAAUCAAAAUAAAUUUAAACUGAAAAAAUUGUUGAAUAAAUUAAUAGCAACACAAAUAUCUUUAAUAGCAUAAACAUAGUAAUUGAGUUGAUUAACGAUAUUAUAAAUAAUCUUGAUUUGCCAUUAAAGCAAGAGGUGUAUGUAGAAGAAUAGAUUAAGAUUCAAGUGCAUUAAGAGGUUGAAUAACAACUUGGGAGUUCUGUUUCAGAAUAAUAAUAAAAUCAUUCUUUGGUUCCCUCUCAAAAUCCACAUCCAUCAAUCACUUUGGAAAAUGAACAAGAACCUUAUUCACAAUUGCUGUAAAGUAUGAUAGUGAAAAAGAAGGAGAAAUUGCAGAUAAUGCAACAAGACAUCUAAUUGCUUGAAUAUUCACCAAUCAAACAAGAAUUCAAAUCUCAAAGUUCCGAUCUCAUUCAGUCGGUUGAACCAUUUAACUUUGGAUUUUGA